CUUUUCUUGUUUUUUCAUCUUUUUCAAUUUGGGUUUUCUUGAUUAUUAAAUUCAUUGGGAGUGGAGGGGCGCUCUGUAACUGUCCAAUGAGACCCUUUUCUCUACUACCCAGUUCAAAAUUUUUCAAAUCUCACCAAGGAGAGAGAGAGACAGAGAGAGAGAGAGAGAGAAACAGUGAUCCCUCACUCUUGUGAAUGAGCCUACAUUAUCCUGUGAUUAUUUUUUUCUAGGGAUCCCCGUAAGAAAGAUUGGAGGGUGAAUAAAAAGUCGGUGAGCAAAAGAUCCAGGUGAUAUUCUUGAAGCUGUUCAGGUGUUAGGGAAGAUGACACCCAAUUGGGAGCUCGAGAACUGUUGCAAUCACGAGCAAGUUGUGUUCUUGAUCUCCGUCUCUGUUUGCACUGUCGUUAUACUCGCGCUAUGGAGGACAGUAUUGCUGAAGCCAUUUAAGCUCGUAACAGUAUUUCUUCACGAGGCAAGCCAUGCCAUUGCUUGUAAACUAACAUGUGGCCACGUGGAAGGAAUUCAGGUUCAUGCUGAUGAAGGUGGAAGUACUCAAACCCGUGGUGGAAUAUACUGUUUCAUCCUGCCAGCUGGAUAUCUCGGCUCAUCAUUCUGGGGAAUGCUCUUUAUCCUUGCUUCUACAAAUCUUCUUACAUCUAGGAUUGCAGCAGGUUGUUUGCUCGUUGCUCUUGUUAUUGUCCUAUUUGUGGCUAAAAAUUGGACACUUCGAGGGCUUUGUAUAGGAUUUAUUGUAUUCCUUGGUGUGGUUUGGCUUCUCCAAGAAACAACAAAAGCUCGAGCUCUUCGCUAUGUCAUUCUGUUCAUUGGUGUAAUGAACAGCUUGUUUUCUGUUUAUGAUAUAUAUGAUGAUUUGAUAUCUCGUAGAGUCCACACCAGUGAUGCGGAAAAAUUUGCGGAAGUAUGUCCUUGUUGCAAUGGUGCUGGAUGGGGUGCAAUCUGGGGUUUGAUAUCAUUGCUGUUUCUUUCCGGGGCCAUGUACCUUGGUCUAGUUAUCUUGUCCUAAGGUAAUGCAUUCUGGUCCAGAUUCUGAAGUUGCGAUGAAGCCCUGACACCAUUUCAAUGCUUGACUCCACAUGACAAUUUCUUGUUCCAACAUUACAUUGAAUUAGGGAGGUAUACAUGAUACCCGACUUCUGCGGUGGGCAUCCGCUCAUAUGCAGUCCUCAGUUAUAGGGUCUACAGGACAAUACAUUCACUGAGCUUUACUGCAAAAGCUGGGCAAAUAUACCAAAGUGAUCUUAACAUUUUCAA